CCUGGGAACCUAAUCGAUUUGCUGCCAGCAUCAGCCAGUGCAUGAGCCUCACAGUGCACCCCAGCAGCAUCUCAGUGUCUGAGCACAGCCGGUCGCUCACCCUGGUCGUGAGUGAUGCCCCUGAUCUGUCUGCGGGCAUUGCCUGUGCCUUUGGGAACCUGACAGAGGUGGAGGGGAAGGUGUCUGGGAGCCAGGUCACCUGCAUCUCACCUGGGCCCAAGGACGUCCCUGUCAUCCCUCUGGAUCAAGACUGGUUUGGGCUAGAGUUGCAGCUGAGGUCCAAGGAGACGGGGAAGAUAUUUGUCAGCACCGAGUUCAAGUUUUACAACUGCAGCGCCCACCAACUGUGCCUGUCCUGUGUCAACAGCGCCUUCCACUGCCAUUGGUGCAAGUACCGCAACCUCUGCACCCAUGACCCCACCACCUGCUCCUUCCAGGAGGGCCGGAUCAAUAUUUCGGAG